UUCUUUUGUUUUCUUUUACAGAAAUGGCGGAAGGCAAUGGCGAACUGGUAGAAGAUAUUAAUCAAAAAUCAGAAGAUCGUGGCGAUGGUGAAAGAACAGAGGAUUAUCCAAAACUAUUGGAAUAUGGCUUAGAUAAAAAAGUUGCCGGUAAACUUGAUGAUAUUUAUAAAACAGGUAAACUCGCCCAUGUAGAAUUAGAUGAACGCGCACUGGAUGCGCUCAAAGAGUUUCCGGUUGAUGGUGCCUUGAAUGUAUUAAGUCAGUUCCUUGAAUCAAAUUUGGAACAUGUAUCGAAUAAAUCUGCCUAUUUAUGUGGGGUUAUGAAAACCUAUCGACAAAAGAGUCGAGCCAGUCAACAAGGUGUACCGACACCGGCCACAACAGUGCAAGUUAAGGGACCCGAUGAGGAGAAAAUCAAAAAAAUCUUAGAACGUACCGGUUAUACUUUAGAUGUAACCACGGGCCAGCGCAAAUAUGGUGGACCACCACCCAAUUGGGAUGGUCCUGUGCCAGGUAAUGGUUGCGAGGUAUUUUGUGGGAAAAUACCUAAAGAUAUGUUUGAAGAUGAACUAAUACCUCUGUUCGAAAAUUGUGGCACCAUAUGGGAUUUACGAUUAAUGAUGGAUCCCAUGACCGGUACAAAUCGUGGCUAUGCAUUUGUAACAUUCACCACAAGAGAAGCUGCAUCAAAUGCCGUUAAACAGCUGAAUGAUUAUGAAAUUCGGAAAGGCAAAAAGAUUGGUGUUACGAUAUCAUUUAAUAAUCACCGGCUUUUUGUCGGCAAUAUACCUAAGAAUAGAGAUCAUGAUGAAUUAAUUGAGGAAUUUUCUAAACAUGCACCCGGCCUUAUUGAAGUAAUAAUUUAUAGUUCACCAGACGACAAGAAAAAGAAUCGCGGUUUCUGUUUUCUCGAAUAUGAAUCACACAAAGCCGCUUCAUUAGCUAAACGACGACUUGGCACUGGUCGAACUAAGGUUUGGGGAUGUGAUAUCAUUGUCGAUUGGGCAGAUCCACAAGAGGAGCCUGAUGAACAAACAAUGUCCAAAGUUAAAGUUUUGUAUGUUAGAAACUUAACACAGGAUGUGACAGAGGAUAAAUUAAAGGAACAAUUUGAGCAAUAUGGCAAAGUUGAACGUGUUAAGAAAAUAAAAGACUAUGCUUUUGUGCAUUUUGAGGAUCGUGAUAGCGCUGUUGUGGCAAUGAGAGCUUUAAAUGGCAAAGAAGUUGGUGCUUCUAAUAUGGAGGUAUCUUUGGCAAAACCACCAUCAGAUAAAAAGAAAAAGGAGGAAAUAUUACGUGCACGUGAACGCCGUAUGAUGCAAAUGAUGCAAGGACGUCCUGGUCUUGUAGGCUUUGAAACAAUGUCUCCAUACAGAAAUCUAUCACCAACACAUCCUGGCAUGAUACCCUUAGGUACGCCCAUGCGUUUACCCGGUGCUCCAAGGAUUCCUUUACGCACACCAAUGCCCAGGGACUAUGAUUAUGAAUAUGACUUUUAUGGUUAUUCGGAUUAUCGCGGUGCCUAUCCAGAUUCAUAUUAUGAAGAUUUCUAUCGUACCUAUGAUGGAGAAUAUUUCUUUGAUUAUCCACCGGGCAGUGUGGCGCCAUUGCCACCACCCGGUGCCAUUGGUGGUGGGGGUCCGGUUGCCGGCGCCGCCGGUGGUUUGCCGAGAACAGCACGUACAAAUGUGGGGGUUGGCCGUGGGCGUGGAAUCACGGCGCGUGGCCGAACCGUUGGGCUCCGUGGCAACAUCAAUCGUCAGGGGGCCCCUCAAGCGGCGGUGGUGGCGGCGGCGGUGGCAGCUCAACGGGGGGCCACCGCUCAGGGGGCUCAGCCAGCAAUCGGGGGGGUCCGUGGGGUGGGACAAAUACGUCCCAGCGCUCGUGGCACUCAGCACGCCAAACCGCUACCAAAUUUACCAGUAGUAGUCGGUAAACGUAAAUUCGAUGGAGGUCACCAAAAUCCAGCAGACAUUAAGCGACGUUACCCAGGCGGUUUAAUAGGAAAUGGCGGCAGUUGGGGCAGUUUACCACUACCACAACAACCAUUAGGCACUAAUGGCGAACAAUGGUAUACGGAUACGUUUUCUACAUGGAGUUAAAAAAACGCAAAUUCAAAAUAAAAAAAUAAAAACAAA